CUCUAAACCAACUAUGGAUUCUUCUCUCCAAUUGACUGCAAUUGCUGUCAUAAUUUCAUUCAUCUUCGUAUGCAGCACAUGGCUUCGAGGGAAAAAGAAAAGCGUAGGUAGCAAGAGCAGAGAGGCUCCUGAACCAGCUGGCGCAUGGCCAAUCAUUGGCCACCUCCACCUAUUAGGCGGUGCUGAUAAGCUUCUUCACCGGACACUGGGUUCUUUGGCUGAUAAGUAUGGGCCAGCAUUCAAUAUUCGCAUAGGCAGUCAUCGCGCCCUUGUGGUUGCCAGUAAGGAAUUGGCAAAGGAAUGCUUCACCAUCAAUGAUAAAACUCUUGCUUCUCGUUCCACUACAGCAGCCACAAAGCACAUGUGCUAUGACCAUGCAGUUUUUGGUUUUGCACCCUACAGCUCCCACUGGCGUGAGAUGCGUAAGAUAGUAAUGCUCGAACUUCUUUCAAACAGGAGACUUGAGAUGGUCAAGCAUGUCCAGGCUUCUGAAGUUGAUUUGGGGAUAAGAAAGCUAUAUAAUCUGUGGGCUCAAAAUAGAUGCCUUCCAGUAAUAGUCGAACUUAAACAAUUUUUUGAGGAUCUAACACUUGAUGUGAUAGUUAGAGUGGUGGCUGGAAAGCGUUAUACAGGUUCCUCUGAUGAUGAUGAGGCAAGACAGUACCAGAAAGCCAUUUCUCAAUUCUUUCACUUGAUGGGCAUAUUUGUGGUUUCAGAUGCCCUUCCAUUUCUACGAUGGUUGGACUUAGAGGGGCAUGAGAAGGCAAUGAAAAAGACAGCCAAGGACCUGGAUGCUGUACUUGCAGGUUGGUUGGAUGAGCAUCGCCGAAGGAGAGUCUCAGGAGAGGUCAAGUCUGAGGGUGACCAGGAUUUCAUUGAUGUGAUGUUGUCACUUGAAGAGAAAGGUCACCUUUCAGGUUUCCAAUAUGAUGCAGAUACUAGUAUCAAGUCUACUUGUCUGGCUCUUAUUGCUGGUGCCAGUGACACUACAACAACCACGCUAGUAUGGGCCAUCUCAUUGCUUCUAAAUAAUCAACUGGCACUAAAGAACGCUAAAGAAGAGUUAGAAAAACAUAUUGGGACUGAACGUCAAGUUGAUGAAUCAGACCUGAAAAACCUUGUGUAUCUUCAAGCUGUGAUCAAGGAAACCCUCCGCCUAUACCCUGUUGCUCCCCUUAUACCCCGUGAAUUUGUGGAAGAUUGUAGAGUAGGUGGUUAUCAUGUACCAGCCGGCACUCGCUUGUUAGUAAAUGUAUGGAAGAUCCAAAGGGAUCCUAUGUUGUGGACAAAGGCGUCAGCUUUCCAGCCAGAGAGAUUUCUUACAAGCCAUGCUGAUAUUGAUGUCAGAGGUCAUCACUUUGAGCUCCUUCCUUUUGGCUCAGGUAGACGAUCAUGUCCUGGUGCGUCAUUUGCACUCCAUGCUCUUCACCUUACACUUGCUAGGUUCCUUCAUGCGUUUGAUGUCGCAACCCCAAUGGAUCAGCCUGUUGACAUGACUGAGCGAUCAGGAACCACAUUACCAAAAGCAACCCCGUUAGAGGUUCUUCUUUCCCCACGUCUCCCUGCAAAACUCUACAGCUGCUGAAGUUUGAAAUUGGGAGACUUAAUAAGAGUACAUUAUGAAUUUUAAAGGUGAUUUAAACUGAGUAUGCUACUAUGUACUCUGUUAUAAACUGCUUUUGUAGUCUACCAUCUGAUGCUGUAUCGUUAGUUAUGAUCUAUAUACUAUGAAAUCAAAAGACAUAUAAUUACAUA